AUGAUAGGAUUCCUGGCGGUACACUUUGCUCAAUAUACUGCUGAUUCAUCCUCCCUCGUAAAAAGAACUGACGUCGGGUGUAUAAGCCAUGAGAAACUAUUCUCAUUCAAAUCAAUCAUCAUCUAUCUAUCUAUAUCUAUCUAUCCAUCUAAUAUUUAUCUAUCUAUCUAUCUAUCUAUCAUGAUGUCUAUUCAUCAAUUUUCAUUUAUCUGUUAUCUAUCUAUCUAUCUAUCUAUCAUUUUCUAUUAUAUCUAUCUAUCUAUCUAUCCUCAUCUAUCUAUCUAUCUAUCUAUCUAUCUUUCAAAUCAGGUCUAUCAUUAUCUAUCUAUCUAUUUUUCAUCUAUCUAUCUAUCUAUCUAUCUAUCUAUCUAUCUAUCUAGCCAAAAGUUCAUUUUCUAUCUAUCUAUUCAUCUAUCUAUCUAUCUAUCUAUCUAUCUGUUCAAUCCAUGUCUGUUCAUUUUCAUCUAUCUAUCUAUCUAUCUAUCCAUCCAUCUAUCUAGCCAGGUCUAUCUAUCUAUCCUAUCUAUCUAUCUAUUCGAUCAUUUAUUAUCUUCAUCUGUUCAUUAUCUAUCUAUCUAUCUAUCUAUCUAUCCAUAUCUAUCUAUCUUAUCUCUGUUCAUUUCAUCUAUUUAUCUAUCUAUCUAUCUAUCUAUCUAUCUUCUAUCUAUCUAUCUAUUCAUAUCUAUCUAUCUAUCUAUCUAUCUAUGUCAUCUAUUUUCUCUUAUUAACUAUCUAUCUAUUUAUCUAUCUAUCUAUCUAUCUAUCUAUCUAUCUCUAUUCUUUAUCUGUCUACAUCCUCACAUCCUUUUGAAGAAUCCUCAAAAUGAAUUAAUUAUGAUUACUCGUGACCCUCUUAUUUCUCUCUCUCUCUCUCUCUCUCUCUCUCUCUCUCUAUCUAUCUAUCUAUCUAUCUAUCUAUCUAUAUAUAAGUGA